UGUGCUCCUAGGAUGUAUUAAUGCCUCUGGGUCUGAAUUAAAACGGAUACAGUUUCUUGACAACAGUCAGAGUAGUGUUUUCUUAUUUACUUGCAGGAGGCAGGUACGGUUGUGUAAGGUGUGCCAAGGCCGACCACGGAGCAUAAACACUUUUAUCCAGGACCACACUCUUUACGGCUUUGACGUCAAGCGCCUUUAAUCUGGUUGAGGGCUCAGCGGUGGCCUUUGCCUUCAGGGGGCAACACCCUCUCUCUCUGUGUGUGCUGUCAAACAGGCGAAGGAGCUGCUGCUUACAAGCUCAUUAACAAAUGCUCAGUAAAGAUUGAUCAGGAUUUUUCUUGAAAGCAAAGGAGUUUUAAUGUUUUUGGACGAAGCACUAUUGAAGAGUGAAGGUUUUCUUAUGAAGGAUUUGAAAAGGCAGGUCAACUUUGAAUAGCCCCUGCUGGGUCGUCUGCUGAUGCAUGUCAAGCACAUCCUACACGGGGAAGAUGUACUUGACAUCUUCAUUUUAGAAUUGUCUUUAUUUUGACUUUAUUUUGCUGUUUUUUUCACUUAAAAUAUGGGUCAAGGACCGAGUAACAUAGAUAAUGAGGUGACUCUCCAACACAUCCAGGAACUCUACCGCAAAUUUGCCAGCGAAUGUCCGAGUGGAAACCUGCACCUGCACGAAUUCAAGAAAAUAUUCGGAAUAAACAGCAAAUCCACGGAAGAAGAAUCUGCAUACAUGGAAAAUGUUUUCCGAUCCUUCGACACAAACCAUGACGGUCAUUUGGACUUCAUGGAGUACGUGGCAGCUCUGCAUCUUGUUCUUCGUGGGAAACUGGAGGAUAAACUGAAGUGGUCGUUUAAAGUGUAUGACAGAGAUGGAAACGGCUGCCUGGACAGACAGGAAGUGAAACACAUUGUCACAAUUAUCACCAAGAUAAGGACGCACAGCGAACCGGACAUCUCCGUGGAUGUGGAUGGAAUUUGUGACAGAAUAUUUGUCCUGGUGGACAAGAAUAAUGACAGUCAGAUUUCUCUUGAGGAGUUCAUGGAGGGGGCUCAGAAGGACCCAUGGGUGUUGGAACAGCUCAAACUGGACAUCGGCCCCUGUGAUUGGUUCAUUGAUCAGAAGGAGAAGAAACCCUGAUGUUACAAAGAGGAUUUAUGAUAAAUAACAAACACUAAGUGGCAGUGAAAGUCUGCCUUUGUUGUUUUUACCCACACGGGCUUCAGGUAAAUACUCAUGUUUGGAGGUAUUCAGAGGAUCAAUCUGCAUCAUGCUUUGAUUCCAAAAUUGGAUUUCUUCAGAGGUUAUUUCUUCGAUUGUAGGAAACACAGACCAAUGGAAGAUGCACCUGAAGCAGGAUUUUCUAAGUGAAGCCUCUCAGUUUUACAAAGUGUGUGGACACAGACAAGUCACGGCUGAAGAGGUCUCUUUACGCCUAGAAAAUGGUGCACGGACACCUUUGACAUACCUCUUGAUGUUCACUUAUUGGAUGCGUGUUUAGUGACAUGUAACCUGUGCUUGUUUUCUAUAAAGUGAGAUUGGCUGUGUUUUUUUAAAAUGUGAAAUGUUACCCUCAUUUAGUCUGAAAUGUUCCGAGCAUCAAAGCAGCUCCAUUUGCAACGUCAAGAAGGAAAAAUAUUUAACAUAACACUACAAUCACUGAAGAGAAACAUGUUCAAGACCGUGGGAGCCUGUAAGUCUGAUUUCAUGUUUACAAUUUAUAUUCAGAGACAGUGUUGGAUACCUAGAGUUUCUCCCAGCAUCUCUCACCCUAAAGCGGUGGACAAAUACGAAUAAUUACGAUACUGUACAACUCUCAAUCACAGAUGUAAAUAGCAGAAGGACAAUGUGUCUACUCGCCCCAAAGUAUCGAAGGCGGCGGGAAAAUAAAUGAUUUGACAAAUAGUAAAUGGCUCUUUAAUGAAAUGUCCUGCAGGUAAGCCAUCUUCUCAGAAAAGCACUUGAUGACAGGAAGUUAAGACGAUCAACUCUCAGGUCUGCAAGCUAUUGAUGCAGACAGGAGACGGUUAGCUUAGCUUAGCAUAACGACUGGAAGCAGGCCAAACAGCUAGCUAUAACUUUCAUCAACAGUGUUUUUGUCCUUGCUCAGUAGCUCUCACUUCACGGGACGGAUUUUUAACACUUUGCCCAGCUUAGCUCAGGCUAGCUGUUUCCCUGUGUUCUAGUGUUAAUGCUAAGCUACGCUAACAGUCUGUUGGCUUGUAUAGACAUACAUGAGAGUGGUAUUUAUUGGUCUCUUUACCAAUUUGCCAAAUAAUUCAAAUAAAUAAUGUAUUUAACACUUAACACAUCAUAUUGGCUACUGGCAGCAGUGCUGGUUCUGGAGGGGUAGCAACGGGAGCAAUUGCACCCGGGCUGGUCUGGAAGGGGGCCCAAAAAAAUAGAAUAAAAAUUCAGAUUUCUCUCUGAUCCUGCAUUAAGUGUAUCGCCAAGUGUGUCUCACUUAACAGCACAAAGAGACCCGCAGCAAAUCUGGCGAUUAUGUCACUGUAAUCCACUUGUCUUGCUGUAUGGUUCUCGGGGGGGGGGACCGGCCCUGACUGGCAGGUUAACCUUCCUCUAAAGAAAGAUAUA